AUGGGCGGCAAGGCGAAUGAGCACGAUGGCGGCGACCACAUGAAAGACGCGGGGAUCGGCCUCCCUGCCACCGGCGCCAGCGUCGUCACGUUCCCGUCCUUCACGCUCGACUGCGGCGAGACCUUGCGCGACGUGCAAGUCGCGUACUCAACCUACGGAGCGCUCUGCGCGUCGAGGGACAACGGGGUCGUCGUCGGGCACUCGCUCACGUCCAACAGCGUGGUGCACGAGUGGUGGGGGGAGAUGAUGGGCGACGGCGACCGGUUCGCCAUAGACGUCGCCGCGGAUUUCGUGGUGUGCGUCAACUACCUCGGGUCCCCCUACGGCACCACGUCCCCCGUGGUUCGCGAUCCGCGUAAAUCGGACGGCGGGUGGUACGGACCCGACUUUCCCUCACCGUGCACCAUACGCGAUAACGUCAGAUUGCAGCGGAUGCUGUUGGACCACCUGGGCGUGCGGCGCCUCAAGAUGGCGAUAGGGGGCAGCAUGGGGUGCAUGCUGGCGCUGGAGUGGGGCGCCACCUAUCCGGAAUACGUGGACUCCCUUUGCCUCAUCGCGGGAUGCGGCAGGCACCCGGACUGGGCCAUCGGCAUAGGCGAGGUCGAGCGGUUCGCGGUCAUGGCGGGCGAGGGAUGGAACGGCGGGGACUACGAUCCGAGCGAUCCUCCCAAAGGAGGCCUGGCCGCGGCGAGGAUGACCGCCAUGCUGACCUAUCGCGCGCCCCGAUCCAUCGACGAACGAUUCAACCGAGACCUCGCCGGAGGAGACGUUCGGAGGAGACCGAGCGCGGAGGACGAGAUCGCGGUGCGUACGCACAAGAACCCCGCCGCGGUCGCGUCCCUCCCCUUCUACGACGUCGAGAACUACCUGCGGUACCAGGGGAAAAAGUUCACCCGCCGCUUCGACCCCAACUGUUACGUUCAGCUCACGCUGACGUUGGACACCCACGACGUAUCCGCGGGCCGGGGCGCCUACCACGACGUCCUCGCGUCCCUCACACACAAGACGAUGGUCGUGGGCAUCACCAGCGAUGUGCUGUACCCGUACCACCUGCAGGAGGAGCUGGUGAGGCACAUGCCCAACGCGGAGAUGUACACGAUCGAUUCCCCCCACGGGCACGACGCCUUUCUCCUGGAGAUUGACGGACUCAACGCCGCCAUCGCCGACUGGCGACGAAGGACCCGACCAAAGAGUGUCGAAGCCGGGCGCGGUGACGACGCGCUCCACCGCGAGCUCGGCGCGGCGGAGACUUGGGACUUCCUCGAGGUUUGCCCGCCGGUGACUCAACCGUACGGAGUCGUGGAUGCCAAAUUCGUCGCCGACGUCCGAGCCCUUCUUUCGCUCUCAUCGAAGGGCGAAUCAAUCGACGCGAAUCGAGAGGGGCCAAGCGCGAACGGGCAUCCAUCGUCUCGCGUGCUUCGAGGCGCGGAGGCGGUCGGGGAGUACGCCGGGGACAUGGGCCACCACGCGCGACACCCGCCGGACCUGGUGGUGCUCCCGACGACCACCGAGGAGGUCGCGGCUGUCGUCCGGUUGUGCUACGUGCGAAGGGUGCCGAUCGUCCCGAGGGGCGCCGGGACCGGGCUCGAGGGCGGGUGCGUCGCGUACCGGGGCGGCGUCGUGAUCGACACGUGCCUGAUGAAGCGCAUCUCGUGCGUGGACGGGGAACAGCUCGCGGUGGUGGGCGCCGGGGUGCUGAAGAACGAGCUGAACAAGUUUCUCGAACCCCUCGGCUUGAUCUUCGGCCCUGAUCCGUCGUCGAACCCCUCCAUCGGCGGUAUGGCCAGCACCGGCGGCAGCGGCAUGAGCACGCUCAAGUACGGCACCAGCAAGGAGAACGUCCGGUCCAUGACCGUCGUCACCCCAACCGGGCGCGUGAUUCGAACCAGGCAACCGGUGCGCAAGUCCAGCACGGGUUACGAGCUCAACUCGCUGUACUUGGGCGCGGAGGGAACGUUAGGGGUCAUCACCGAGCUCGUCGUCAGGUUAUUCCCGCGGCCGAAGGUUCGGUGCGGCGCCGUCGUCGUGUUCCCGGACGUACGCGCCGCGGCGACGACGGUGGUGGACGCGGUGCGAGCUAACUUAGGCACCCUGCUCAGGUGCGAGCUCAUGAACGACGAGGGAAUCAAGGUGACUAACGUCGUGUUCAAGACGCAACUGGCGACUGCGCCGACGCUGUUCCUCGAGUUUGUUGGGAACACGCGUGAGGGCGCGGAGGGGGACUGGCGAGUGAUGCUCGGGAUGGCGCAAAAAAACGGCGCCAAGACGUGGCGGUUCGCCGCUUCGGGUGAGGAGUUGGACGAGCUGUGGGACGCCCGCCGGGGGUGUUACCUUGGCGCGAUGAGGUACCGCGGUUUGAUGGCGGGGGAUCCGCGACGGAAGGAGUCCGUGUACGUCGGCGACGUGUGCGUGCCGACGUCGAGGCUGGCGGAGUGCGUGGCGUUGACAGAGGCUGACUUCAAAGCGGCGGGUUUCCCGUGCGUGAUGUGCGCUCACAUCAGCGACGGUAACUUUCACUGCCUGAUACCCUACGCUCCCGAGGAGGAGGAGAGGUUGAUGGCCCUCAACGACAAGGUGAUCGCGCGCGCGAUCGGCAUGGGAGGCGCCGCGUCCGGCGAGCACGGCGUGGGUAUCGGCAAGAUCAAGCACGUGUGCUGGGAGCACGGCCCGUUCCACGUGGACUGCCAGCGUCGAUUGAAGCGAGCGCUGGACCCGCGAAUGAUCAUGAACCCCGGUAAGAUAUUCACGCCGGAGCAGAGCGAGGAGGAGAGACGGGCCCGUCACAGGCACAUGGGCGGCCCGUCGACGAGUAAACUCUGA